AAAAAAAAAAAAUUAAAGAGGUGGUUUUGGUACCAAAUUGAACAAGUCGCUUCUCUCUCUCUCUCUUCCUUCACUGCUCUCUGUAGAAACCACUAAACCAGCUUGAUUGGGGUUUCCAUCAUCUCUCUUCUUCGCAUUCAGGACUCACUAUUUAGAACCGUUGCUUUGGUGUCAAUACUGUGAAGUAUAGCCUGCAUAGAGUACAGGACAGAAGAGAAAUCUUCAAAUAAUUUUUCAGAAAAAAUGGAGGAUGAGAGUGGACUUGAGCUUAGCUUGGGUCUAUCUUGUGGUGGGGGAUCUUCUGUGAAGUCCAAGGGUAAAAAUGGUGCCUCCUCAAAUACUAGAGCGGAAGAAGGUGAUAGAGACAACAAACUAGCAGAUGAUUUUAAAGACUUUCUUCAUGGAGGGGCUCAGAAGCAAGAGUCAAGUAGUAGCUCUCAAAGAAGUGAUUCAGUGAAACCUAAGGAAAACUUCUUUAAUGACCUCUCCAAGGCCAAUGGUGAUGCAGACACAUCAAUGAACUUGAAUGGGAGAGGAGUCUGGGCUGCAAAGAAUAACAAGCCUGAUGAAAUAGAGGAAAGACAAACAGAUGCUGGUAAUAAACGCAAGACUUUGUUUGAAGAGAUGAACCAACAGAAGAAGCAUGAGAGAGAAGCUCAUUACACUGAUAUGCAUGACAAGACAAGAGCAUCCCAUAUUUCCAUAACAGAAGAUGGCUCUACUGCUGAAAAUGAAGACGUGGCAGAUUCUGAAGUAGAGGGCUCAGCCUCAAGGCUGAUAUCCCAACAUGACGAUGGCUCUAAACGAUUUGUUGGAUCUGGUGACUCUUCUGAUGCUCAAAAAGAGCUUCGCAGGUUUGCUGAUUCAAGUAAUGUGGAUCCAAAUGGGCAGAAGAGGUUUAAUAUUUCAUCAGAAAAUGAUUACAAGGUUGGGAACAUGGCGUAUGGCAGUCCAUUUUCUGUGCAAUCAGUAAACAUGAUGAAUAUGCCCUACUCUCUCCCGAAGGAUUCUAACCCUGUUGGUCCACCCAGCACAUCAGGCCAUCUGAUUCCUGGAAUGAUGCAGGUGAUGCCUAUUGCAAAUAGUGAACGGUCAGGGACUCAACCCAUGAAUCCUGGAAACUUGCCAGUUAUGUUUGGCUAUUCACCUGUCCAGCUUCCAGUAUUGGAUAAGGAUAAUUCUUGGGGUCCUCAUACUCAGCAGUUUCACUAUGCUGGCAGAAAUCCACCAAACCCAGCUGUGAUGCAAGUAAUUUCGCAUAAUACAUCUGAGGCUGCACAGUAUGAUGGGAGAUUAGAACGGGCAAAAGGUGAUGGAAAACAGCAUGUCACUGAAGAGGGCUCCUCUUCUCAAGCAGAAGAAGACAUGAAAGUAAGCAGCACGAACCCAAGGACAAAAGAUGCACCUGAUCGCUCAAUGGCAGAGGAUUUCUCUCUUGAUUUUUCAGCUAUAAAACCAGGAAUUGCUGCGGACAUAAAAUUUGGGGGUUCUGGUUCCCGCCCAAAUCUACCAUGGGUUUCUACCAAAGGUCCAGGCCCCAAUGGUAGGACGAUUUCUGGCGUCACUUACAGAUACAGCGCAAACCAAAUCAAAAUAGUUUGUGCUUGCCACGGUUCCCACAUGUCCCCUGAUGAUUUUGUUCGGCAUGCAAGUGAAGAGCCUUCUAAUCCAGAUAGCGGCACAGGUUUGGCGACAGUCCCAAAUGGCAAUCCUGCUGCCUCUGCUCAGAGCUGAUUCUGUGCAGUAUGUUUACGCUUAACUAGACUAAUAAGUUACACUUGGCCAGGAAAACCUGGCAACGGUUUUUUAUGCUCAUCUCUUUACUUCUGUAGUGAUAACCUUCUUCUAUCAAUCUAUUGUGAUAGUAAGGCCUUACAUUUCAGUUCCAUUCUAGUAGUUCUUGAGCAAGGUGUCAUUACUUUCCACAUAAAUUGCUUCUGAAUUUCAAAAUGAUCUUGCAAGAAAUCAUGAACUCUCUGGAUUCAAGCGGUAUGCAACUGUCAGUGUAUCUAGUAUAUAAUCUUAUGGUACCAACAA